AUACAUAUACAUACAUAUAUAUAUGUAUGGUGUAUGUUAAGAAAGGUAACAAUUUAUCUCCCGGUUAGUUGGUUACCCUUUGAGUAACAAUGGCCAAUUGUAACUUUGUCUUCUCAUUUAUCCUGUUAUGUUUCUUGUUUUUGAAACAAAACAGCCCUGUUUGUGCUUUGAAUUCUGAUGGGAAAACCCUCUUGUCACUUCUCCCCCACUGGUCAUCCUUGCCUUCUUCCCUAACCUCUUCCUGGAAUGCUUCUCACCAUAAUCCAUGUAGAUGGGUUGGGGUUGAAUGUGACCCUACCACCACCCAUGUCCUCACACUUAACCUUACAAGCUUAGCCAUUUCUGGCCAAGUGCCACCUCUAAUUGGUGCUCUCCACCAUUUGAACACACUUGAUUUGAGCAACAACAUGUUCUCUGGUCCUAUACCCUCGGCUUUGGCCAAUUGCACUUCACUCAAUUACUUGGAUUUAUCUGUAAAUGAACUUACUGGACCAAUACCUGAAUCCUUCAACUCCUUGCAGAAGCUGAGGUACCUAAACUUGUAUUCCAAUUACUUGAGUGGUGCAAUACCAGAAUCAUUGUUCCAACUCACUAGUUUAGAGAAUGUGUAUUUGAACAGUAACAACUUGAGUGGUUCAAUCUCAAUGAAUAUUGGGAACUUGAGUGAGCUUGUGGCUUUGUAUUUAUUUGACAAUAAGUUGUUCGGUACCAUACCGGAGUCUACAGUGAAUUGUAGCCAUCUGCAAGAACUUUACUUGGGAGGGAAUCAUUUGGUUGGAGUGUUGCCCCAGAGUCUGAUGAAUCUUGAAAGCCUUAUAUAUUUAGAUGUGAAGCAGAACGAUCUCCGGGGUGCGAUUCCGGAUCCUGGAAACUGCAAGAGUUUGAGUGUUUUGGCUCUGUCAUUCAACGCGUUUACCGGCGGUAUUCCACCGGGGUUAGCCAAUUGUAGUAGCUUGAUUGAGCUGGUUGUUGUGCAUAGUAACUUAACAGGUGCCAUUCCCUCUUCCUUUGGCCAACUAGAUCAGCUUGUGAAGCUUGACCUUUCUGAAAAUCAUUUGUCUGGGGAAAUCCCACCUCAACUUGGGAACUGCAAGUCUCUGCAAAGACUACUGUUGUAUGACAAUCGACUCGAGGGGGAAAUUCCUACUGAAUUGGGUAUGCUAAGCGAAUUGAUGGACAUUGAGCUGUUUACGAAUCGUUUGAGUGGUGAGAUUCCUAUCAGCAUUUGGAGGAUUCCAAGCCUAGUGCAUCUCCUUUUAUAUAAGAACAAUCUUACCGGGGAGUUGCCUGCGGAGAUCACCGAGCUCAAGCAGCUGAAAAACAUCUCAUUAUUUGACACACUUUUUGGGGUUAUCCCUCAAAAUUUGGGGAUUAAUGCCAGCUUACAUCAGUUAGAUUUCACGAACAACAAUUUCACUGGUUCAAUUCCUAAAACUCUUUGCUUUCGAAAGAAGUUAAGGGUGCUGAAUUUGGGCCAAAAUCAGCUUAAUGGAAGCAUAAGUGCUGACGUCGGAGGCUGUAAAACUCUGUGGAGAUUGAUUCUUAAGCAGAAUAACCUCGGGGGUGUGCUCCCGGAAUUUGCAGGGAAUCCAAAUCUUGCACACAUAGACAUCAGUGAAAAUAACAUCACUGGUCCAAUACCAUCCAGCUUGGGUAAGUGUAAAAAUAUCACUUACAUAAAUUUCUCCAUGAACCGGCUCUUGGGAUAUAUACCUUCAGAGUUAGGAAACCUUGCAGACCUUCAGACUCUGAAUAUUUCUCACAACCUUUUACAAGGUUCUUUACCAUCUGAGUUGUCAAAUUGCAGUAAAUUGUUAGAGUUUGACGUGGGGUUCAAUUCAUUGAAUGGUUCAGUUCCGCAUGCUUUGACGAACUGGAAAAGUUUGUCGACUCUGACUCUAAGCGAAAAUCGAUUUACCGGUGCCAUUCCGUCUUUCUUGUUAGAACUCGAAAUGCUUUCUGAGCUGCAACUUGGGGGGAAUCCCUUUGGGGGCAGUAUUCCAUCAUCCAUUGGAUCUAUGAAGAAUCUGAUUUAUGCCCUGAAUUUGAGCAGCAAUGCUUUGACCGGAGAAAUUCCUUCGGAUUUAAGAAAUUUGUUCAAACUGGUUCGAUUGGAUAUAUCGAAUAACAAUCUAACAGGAACUUUAACAGUUCUUGAUGGAAUGGAUUCCUUGGUUGAAGUUAAUGUUUCCUCCAAUCACUUCACCGGUCCAAUACCAGGAAUAAUGAUGCGUUUUGUGAACUCAUCCCCAUCAUCUUUCCUCGGCAAUCCUGGCUUAUGCAUCAAUUGUCUCCCAUCAGGUGAGGAGACUUGUCCUCGAAGCAACCAUCUCAAUCCUUGCAAUGAGCAAUUGAGAAGUCGAAGGGGCCUUCGCAAAUUGAAAGUUGCAAUGAUAGCCCUUGGUUCAUCUCUAGUGACGGUGGUGCUCCUAGUUGGGGUUGCAAUGUUCUUUUUCUGCGAAAAAAGAAAGGAGGUGCGUCAUGAGGAAGGAGAAUCGUCUUUACUGAGCAAAGUGAUGGAGGCAACUGAGAAUCUAAAUGAGAGGUAUAUUAUUGGAAGAGGGGCGCAUGGAGUUGUAUAUAGGGCAUCAUUGAGUCCAGGGAGUGAGUUUGCUGUAAAAAAGAUAAGCGUCACAAAGAAUAAAGGAGGAAGCAGAAGUAUGGUUCGAGAGACCGAAACCAUAGGAAAAGUUAAGCAUAGAAACCUGGUGAGAUUGGAAGACUUUUCGUUACGAAAAGAUUACGGAUUCAUCAUAUACAGGUACAUGCAAAAUGGGAGCCUCCAUGACGUUUUACAUGAUAACAAAACAAAUCACGCUCAAAUCCUGAAAUGGAGUGACCGCUAUAAGAUUGCACUAGGGACGGCAUACGGGUUAGAGUAUCUCCAUUUUGACUGUGAUCCUGCUAUAGUUCACCGAGACAUCAAGCCGGAAAACAUACUUCUCGACUCCAAUAUGGAACCACAUAUCUCCGAUUUCGGAAUCGCUAAGCUCCUGGAUGAAUCGGCCAAUCCGGGACCAUCUAUGGUAGUUGCGGGUACAGUUGGGUAUAUUGCUCCAGAAAAUGCAUAUAGAACAACGUGGAGCAAGGAGUCCGAUGUGUAUAGCUACGGGGUGGUUUUGCUUGAGCUGAUAAGUGGGAAGAGGGCACUGGAUCCGUCAUUUACCAGCGAGACAGAUAUCGUUGGGUGGGUAAGAUUGAUUUCUAGAGAAGGGGCCGAAAUCGAGGAGGUCGUGGAUUCCAAAAUUGUGGAUGAGUUGGUGGAAUGUGGGGUGAGAAAGCAGGUUGUUAAUGUGCUUUUGGUAGCUUUGAGAUGUACUGAAAAGGAGCCAGGCAGGAGACCUACAAUGAGAGAUGUUGUGAGGCAGCUCUUAAACCCCAAAUCUCACUCAGAAGCUCUCUUCCCAGGUCCAAUAAUCAGGCAUGGAAUCUAACUUUUU